UUUUGACUUGCUGUGAGUUUUAUUAUUUUCACCAGUCAGGUAUUGUGGUGAAUCUUUUCAGGUAUUGUGGUGUAAUCAAGGCACCGUAGUAAGGUAAUUUAAGAAUGAAUUUCUUUUUAUAUCUGAUCAGAUGCCUUCUCGGUUUUGUCUCGGCAAUAAAACUCUGAAAACAGUUAUCUGUUGAACUGCACCAUAAUGUUGAAGAAGAUCUGAGCUGUCUGGCCCAAACAAAGUUUUCACCUUCCACAUUAUAAGAAGCAGGUGUAAGUAAAGCUUCGAUUUACCGCCCUGUCCCUCCCAACUAUCUGGUUACUGAUUUGUGAACUCGUGUCCGACUGCUGCCUUCACGCUCACAAACAGGUCGGAACUUUGAAUAUUCACAAGCACGAUCCGAUGUGACAAGUAUCAAAUGUAGCCUGCUGCAAUAUCUCGCGAUAUGAUGGGGAAGAUUGAGGCAGCAGCAAAAGUCUGACUUGAGCAGAAGUCACUCAGUUGCAUAUGAAAACACUUAAAACUCGCAGGGAGUAUGUUUUCGCUUUGGAGAAACCUCAACAGGCCUUUCGCUCGCAGAGUUAUCUCUCAGUCUUGCAGGGGAGAUGACGCAGACUUCGCUCUGCGGCCACGACGGCUGCUGGAUCUGUGCAUAAAUCCUACGAGGAACGCCUCGGGCAAAGGCUACAAUGUACCACCGAGCGCCGAGUUUGUUGCGAGGGUCUCCGGGAUCCCCACCAUGGCCAAGUUACCCUACCAGGAGACCGCGGACGGGCUCGACGCGGCGUUUGUCGGCGUCCCAAUUGACACAGGAACCUCCAACCGCCCUGGAGCCAGGUUUGGUCCCCGGCAUAUCAGAGUGGAAUCUGCCCUGCUGAGAACUUACAACAGCGGCACCAGGGCAGCUCCUUUUGAGUCCCUCAUGGUGGCCGAUAUUGGGGACGUCAACGUGAACCUGUACGACCUGAAGGACACCUGCAAACGCAUCAGGGAGGCCUACAGAAAGAUCCUGGCUAAUGGCUGUAUUCCCCUGACCAUGGGUGGUGAUCACACAAUCGCAUAUCCAAUCCUGCAAGCUGUUGCUGAGAAGCAUGGCCCCGUGGGUCUGGUCCAUGUGGAUGCUCAUGCUGACACAAGUGAUGUGAUCUUGGGGGAGAAGAUUGGACACGGGACUCCAUUCAGACGUUGUGUAGAGGAGGGGCUACUGGACUGCAAGAGAGUGGUCCAGAUUGGCCUGCGUGGCACAGGCUACUCUGCAGAUUCCUAUGAAUGGAGCCGGAAGCAGGGUUUCCGUGUGGUGCAAGUGGAAGAGUGUUGGUUCAAGUCUCUUGCACCUCUGAUGGCUGAGGUCAGGGCUCAGAUGGGCAGCGGUCCAGUAUAUCUCAGUUUCGACAUCGAUGCUCUUGACCCUGGUUUUGCCCCUGGAACUGGCACACCAGAGAUAGCAGGGCUCACUCCCAUACAGGGGGUUGAGAUUAUCCGGGGCUGCCGCGGUCUCAACCUUGUUGGGUGUGAUUUAGUGGAGGUGUCUCCACCCUAUGACACCACAGGGAACACUGCACUGACUGGUGCCAACCUGCUGUUUGAAAUGUUGUGUGUCCUUCCUAAAAUGAAAUACUUCUGAAUAAAUACCAGACAGAACAGAACAUAAAGUUUGUCAGCAAUGACUACAGAUAGUCAAGAGACAAAUUAGUGCCAAAUAAGCAGGAUGUCCUGCUGAAUAAAGCAGUGAGGAAGGCAAAGUCUCUGUCAACCACAACUUAAUGUUUCAAUCAACAAACUUCUUGUAUUUCAUUUCAUUCUUCUUCUCUUUCAAGCUACUCUCAGUUCCUCUGGAAGACCUGGUUAUGUAUAAUAAUACAACUCUUAUUGCCUACAAAGUAAUGUGGUUUUUGCAGUUCAUGUUGACUAAACAAAUGAAUAAACCAAACAUGUUAAGUUCA